GAAUGAUCAUAACUAUACCAACAACGUCCCAUCAUGAAAGGCCAAAGGUCAAAUUUCGCAUCCACCCCUUUUCCCUUUUCCACAAAUGAAAGUCAAUAUACUCUUUGAUUGAACCACACAAGGGACAGUAUGGAGAAUACUGGCAUUACUCGAGUGGAAGAAGAAUUUUCUAAUCUUGGAAAAGAAUUCCACACUUUAAAAGAAGAACAUGAAAUAUACUUAAAGAAGCUGGAAGAGCUCAAAUCGUUGCAGGCAAGAUGUAUGUCAAAAGUUAACCAUCAACAAAAGAGAUACAAACUCCUUCUAUCAGCACUCAACAGGAAAGGAUUAGAUCUGAGUGGAGAAGACCAGGUUAAAGUUAAUGAGUUAAAAAAAAAUAUACAGAAGAACAAGAGUGAUUGUCAAGAAGUUACGGAAAGCUUGCCAAAACCAAACAGUACUUUCCUAAGUGUGAUAUUGGGCCGAGUGAGUGUUUCAUUACUUACAAGAGCAGACAGAUUAUCUUAUAAGGAAGAGUAUGAACGUUUUAAGCUGAAUUUAUCAUUGAUUACCCAAAUUUUUGCAAUUUUGCUAUAUGGUUUUAUAGAACUAAGACUCAACUAUAAGGAACAGUAUGAAAUAUUUAAACUGUAUCUCAGUUUAAUUGUAUUUGUUGUGUCUCUCCUCCAGAGCUUUGUGUCUGGCAUCAGAUUUAUAGAUGCAAUUUUCCAUUUCCUACUUGUUUGGUAUUACUGUACUCUAGUCAUCCGUGAGAGUAUUCUACGACACAAUGGAUCAAGAAUAAAAGGGUGGUGGGUAACCCAUCACUACCUUAGUGUGGUGUUAAGUCUUACUCUACUUAUAUGGCCAGAUAGUGUUACUUACAAACUAUUUAGAAGUCAGUUCAUGAUGUUUUCUAUGUAUAUGAGCUUUGUGCAGCUGCUUCAAUACUAUUACCAAAGUGGUUGUCUUUACCGCCUUAGAGCUUUGGGUGAAAAACGCGAUAUGGAUAUUACGGUUGAGGGUUUUCAGAGAUGGAUGUGGAGAGGUCUUCAGUUUAUUCUUCCAUUUCUUUACCUGACUUAUAUUUUCCAGCUUUAUAAUGCAUACAAAUUAUUUGAACUCUCAAGACAUCCUCAAUGUGAAGAAUGGAUGGUUGGUGCAGCCGGAACGAUUUUCUUGUUACUAUUCAUUGGAAAUUUUACGACUACAUCUCGUGUAGUACUUGAAAAAAGUCGGAAGGCAUUUGUUAAGAAUAAAUAAUUUGAUAGACCCCUGUUUACAAAAUUCAUCUUGCGCCCAAUGAAAUUAUAAUAAUCCAGAUAUUAUUAAUUUCAUGAAUUUAUAUUAUUGCUGUUAUUUUUGAAAAUUAUGGUACAGUAGAUGUUAUAGUUAUUAAUGAUAUAAUAUAUAAUGGCUAAUGAAGUUACUCUCUGAUCCUGUUAUAAUUUAAGUAGAACAAAUGUACAUGUUAUUAAUAUAAUAUAUUAUGUUAUUAAUAAAUAUUGACAAGUAUGUUGUGGACAAUGAAUGAGAAGAUUAAUGUGAAUGUUUUUAACACUUUAUCAGAUACAACAACAGCUAAUACCAUACCUGAUUGAGCUAAUAAAUAAUUCCACUCCCAAUAUAUUAUUAAAAUAUAAUAAUUAUAAUUUUAAUUAUAGUUGUUAAACUUGUCAUUGAUAUCUGGGAUGGAUGAAAAAAUGUUUUUUUAAUUGACUAUAUUAAAUGACUAAAGUUAAGUUACCUGCUAAUACAAAGUUAUUGUGAUUUUCAAUCCAUUAAUCGUCAUCUACAAGUCACAAUUUUAAAGUCUUCCUAAACCGUAAAAUCUCCUUCCGUAAAACCCCACCAGGGUUUUAUUCCAGGGCCCUGACCAAUACUCUAGGUGGCCCCCUUGGUUUUGUUGCCCCCUCCCCCUGUCAGACUUUUUGGACCCCAGUUAGAAAAUUUCAUUCGAUCAAACAUCUAUGACAAACUCACAUCUUCCUGAAUUAGUGAGUUAUCAUAAUGUAUAACAGCUUGUCAGGUGUUGACUUUAUUUGUCAUCAAAAAUAACAAUUACAAAUCAAUUUGAAACAAGUACAAAGAACCACAGGAAUGAUAUUUUGCCCUACCUGACGUAUUAUCAUACUGAAUAUUUGGUACAAACGUUCCCAAAUACGCGAGAAAAACAUGUUCAGCCCGUUACAGUACAAACUUUCCUGUACAAAGAAGCAACGUUAAAAACAAAUCUUCAAAUACAUUAAAAGUUGAGAUGUCUGGAUUACCCAUAUAGUCCAAGGACUUAUUUCCCAUAGGGUGUGGGUUUUGUAUUUGUUUCUAAGCUUACAAGCUUUUCUCACUUAAUGCUACUUGAUAGAGAGAGACUGUGAUUUAAGUGGUUUGAGCAACGGGCAAAAACAACUUAACCAGUUUAAGACUCAAAUCAAUUGGAAGUCCAGAUCCUUUGCUGUUACACCACAUUCUUCCACUUUUAUGCUUACCACAUAGAACUACAGGUGUGAUCAAUUCCAAUUUUCAAAAUUAAAUGUGCUUUAAUUGGACUUGCACCUUCUAUAAAUUGAAAAUAUUUUUGUAAAUGAAUAAAAACUAUUUAAAUUAAACUUAAUAAGAAAUUUGAGUAAUUGUUUUGUGUACAACAUGCAAUAGUUUUUUUUUCUUUCAUAUAUUAUAAUUUCCAUUAAUUUGAAUAGUAUUUGAAUAGUAGUUCCAUUGUUAUUUUAUUUGGCAUACUUUUCCAAAUACUAUUAAUUUUUUGUUUAAUUUUGUUAUGUAUGUAUAAGUACAUUGUUCCUAAAAUUAGACCUAAUAAGAGAUUUGUUUACAAAUACAUGCAAUCAGGUUUUUUUUUUAAAUUUAAUGUAUAUUUUCUAUGUAAUUUAAUUAAUUAGUUUUAUUGUUACUUUCAUCUGGCAUUGCUUUUCUAAAUACAGUAUUGUAAUAUCAAUUUGCCAUUUUGAUUUGUUGUAUGUAUUAUGUACAUAUAUUAUUAAAUUAGGUUGUUGGAUUUAAAUAUUGUCUUGAAUCAGGAAAACUAAUGAAGUGUGUUAUAAUUUAGUGUUUAAUAUUUGAGACAUGAAGGAUAGGAUGAUUACAAAGUAAAUUAAUAUUUUUAAGUUAAAGCUUACCAAGUCAAGCUUUGAUUUAUAUGAUUUAUAAAUUAAACAACUGGCAUGCAGGAUUUGGCGGUAGGGCAUGAGAGUCCAGUCCGCAACAUGGUGGGGCUGAGGUGUGAAAAUUUUGAGAAUAUGAACCUCUAGGUGCCCAGAAACUGCACUCACAUACCUUAAAAAUUUUACCGGUAAUUCAUAUCAACAAUAUAAUACAACGUCUAUUUUUUCCUUAAUACAGUUCCCUCUCCAAUUCGAGACCACCGUUGGGGCCUGAAAAUUUGUGUGGUCUCGUCGUUCAGUCCCCAGUUAGAGAGCUAGCUUUGUGUUAAAAUAUUGAAGAUUGUUAUUUCAGUUGUUUGAAAAAUGGGUCUUGAAUUAGAGGGGUCUUGGAUUGGAGUGUGCACUGUACAUUUUAGGGGGUGCGAUAGCACCGUAUGUAACCCUAUGCAUCCACCCCAGUAUAUUUACAUUUGUAGUAUUAGGAGAAUUGUUAUACAAUAUUUCUUUAUUUUAUUUAUAUUUUAUUACUGCAUUUAACGAUUAUAGAAUUAAGAGCAAUUGUUAUUAUUAUUAUUAUAGUUUUUUGGGGGAUUUUUUUGUUUGUUUUUUUUUUUGUGUUGAUGAUGGUGUUCUUGCAUGCACUUGUUGUGUCAUGACUCAGUAAGUUGGACUUUUUAUUUGGUUAUAUUAAGAAUGAGAGAAAUGUAUUAACAGUUUGUUAAGGAUCAUAAAAAGAAUAAAUUUACAAUAAUAAUA